AUGUCAAUUAUCCACGAUAAAGGCUUACCAGAGGAAGAAGGUUGUGCAGCCAUGUGGGCUGAUGGCCCUGCUAGCCUAGAACUACUGCCCAUGGGAGAGACAACUGCUGAUCCGACUGUUGGUUCAUGCACGCCAAGAGAGGCCCUCGGCCCAAUUGAAGGUACAAGGCUUGGCGCUCCAAAGCGAGCUUCACGGAUUCCUGCAAUGGGAAAAUCUGCAGGAAAAUGGAUCAAGACUGUAAUCUUUAGGAAGAAAUCAUAUAAAUCUAGCUUUUCAAAAAAAGCUGCAGUGAAGGAGGCGAUUGCUACCUCCCGAGGAUCAACUGCUGAUUUGGCAUCAAGUCCUGUAAUCUCAGAUCCACUAUCUCACGUCUCAGAUGAAAAUGAUACAGAAGAAGCCAUGGGGUUGGAUUCACCAGACGCUUCAGAGGUCAUCAGGCAGGAGCAAGCUGCCACAAAGGUUCAGACUGCUUUCAGGGGCUAUUUGCUUGUCCUUAUUCAAGCUAUGCAAUUUCUCCUCGUUAAGGCUAAUGCAAAUACAUUUGCGAAGGCUCACAGGUCAUUUCGUGUCCUCAAGGGCAUCAUAAGACUUCAAGCAGUCAUUCGUGGACGCUUAGUCAGGAGACAAGCUGUUACUACUUUGCACUGCUUGCAAGGAAUUGUCAAGCUGCAGGCUCUAAUCCGGAGACGAAGCGUUAGAGUUCUAGAUAAUGGGCAGGAAACACUCACAAAGGGCAAUCCAGGAAGGUUUCUGGAUGCUAAGAAAGUUGAUCCAUUUGGAUUAUACACAGCAACCAGGUCUGAGAAGCUAUAUACAAACGCUUUAAUCUGUAAGCUUCUAGCUUCAUCAUCCAAUGCUACGCCCCUGAGCCUCCAUUAUGAUUUGGUUGAACCAAACUCUGCUUGGAACUGGCUUGAACGGUGGUCAUCAUUCCUCUUCCAGGAACCAUUUCCACAGAAACAGCAGAUCCUUGACUCAAGGUCUAAUGUAAAGCAGCCCAGCAUUCAAAGCAUUCAAACUGAAGGCAGGAAGAAACGAGGUGCGUGGAGGAUCGCUCCUGUCAAUGCUGACAAUAACUCGUUGCAUUCAGUUUCUGAGUUUGGAAAGCCUAAACACAAUCUGAGGAAAGCUUUGAGUCAUCCAACAGAAUUGAUGCAGGAAAACCCUUCAAGUGAACUUGAGAGGGUAAGAAAAAAUUUGAGGAAAUUCUCUUCAUCCAGCCCGAUGGCUCUUGAUGGCUUGGAAACUCUGACUGAAAAACCAAAGCUAAGCCCGAGGAAGAUGGUAAGAUCUCCUGCUCGUGAUGUUUUCAUGAAGGUUGAAGAUAGUUCCUCAAAGAAGAUCAGUGAUCCCAUGGUUGCAUUGACAAAAGAUUUAGAAAAACUUGAGGCAGAAACUUCUCCUAAACCAUUGACAGCAAAGGAAAUGGUCAAUCUGCCUACUGCUCAGUUAUAUCCUCUGGAAAGUAGUAGUGUUGAUAAGAUUCACGUGGCGGAUGAGGAUAUGAAUUCCAAGGAGGAAGAAUGUAGCAAGGAUAAUCAGAGAACUAGGAGGAGAAAAUCUUCUUCAGCAAAACAGGAAUACCAAGAGGAUGUCUCACAGAAUACACCAACAGUUCCAAGCUAUAUGGCCGCAACUGAAUCUGCAAAAGCAAAACUUAGAGGGCAAGGAUCUCCAAGGAUUGUCCAAGAUGGGGUUGAAAAUGUUUUGAUCCGGAGCCGGAGGCAUUCACAUCCAGCCUACAACGAUGGCAAAUUGAGUUCAGUGUCACAUCAGACACAGAGGAUAGUUCAUGCAAACAGCAAGGGCAGAAGCAGAGUUGACAGAUCAUUGUUGUCCUCCACAGAUGUUAAUGCAUCCACAUAUAAGAAAGUACCAUUCAUGCACCAGCAGUUUUUGAAGGUGAAAUUUAAGGCAGCAGAAAGGGCAAUGUUGGUGCAGAACCUUCCUGUUUCAUCUCUGGCCACUCAAUUGUGUGUGAAAGAGGAAUUUCAUUAG